AGCAGCAGGACAAAAUGCAAUUGACUUAUCUACUUCUAUUGGCCAUCGUGCCGGCCGUACUCGCUCACGGCUACCGGCUCAAACACCGACCAGAGGACAGUUACGGAAAGUACGCAUUCUCUAAUGAGCACGGAGAGGAAGGCGACUACGGGAGUUAUGAGCUUUACGGAAAAACGCAUGGACAAGGCAAGGGAGAGUACUAUGGCAAAUGGAACAAGCAUGGAGAGGAAAACGAUCACGGACACUACGAGGCUGCAGGUAAAUACGAGUUGUACGGUGGAGACACACAUAAAUCGGACUACAAUGUGCACGGAGGACUGAAGGCGUACGGUGAAGUCGGCGGACAUGCCCACGAAAACAGCGGCGCCAAGUAUAAACAUGUAUCAUCGUACCGUAAAGGUGGCAGCCAUGGCGGAUACGGGAAGAAGCCGAAAUACUACAACGACUAUGAAUCGUACGGUCACGUGGAGAAAUAUGGGGACAAGAGUAGGGACAACAAGUUCGACUUGCAUGGCAAUUUGGGGGCGAAGGGUAAAUACGAAGCCUACGGCAAAGGUGAGGCUUUCGGCAAAUUGAGCGCACACAGCAAGUUCAAUGACUACGGUAAGGCGAAGGAUUACGGUGAUUACGAGGAGCAAGGUGACUACUAUGGUGAGGGUGAAUUCAGUACUUCUGGCAAGCUCAGUGGCUACGGAGGUCUGGAGAGCAAGAGGAAACACGGUGGCCAUUCACACAAGCGUUCCGGCCAUGCUGAUGACUACGACAAUUAUUACGGAUCCGGCUAUUGAGUAACGUGUAUCUCCUACUGAUGUACCCCACCAGCUAAGAGGUUGGAUAAAUUGCUUGUAAAAUGAAGCUUUUUCCCGAGUUGCUCGUUCUUCUAUCCACUAGUUCUCUCAUCCUUCUAGUGUAGCGCGUUUCAAAUAGCGUAUAUCGAUACCUUAUUCAACAGGGAUCGCCAACCGUGACCUAUCUGUGCCGAAUAGUUAUGGUUAAAGCAAAUGGAAGUUCUGUUGACAUAAUGUGUCUGGAUUAGCUUAUUAACCAAAUACUUACCAACUGGAUGUCAUAGGCUUACUUGCUGUGCUUAACUGAAACACUGCCUGAAAUGUAGGCAUGAAAUGUAGGUCCUAUGCUGCAGCGUUGAAUAGCCCGACUUCUUUUGGUACGCGUCUUUUGGUACUCCGUACGUGCUUAUUCCGUAU